CGGCACCUGCUGGAAGAACUGAGGAACUUGUCCCAUAAGACUGGUGUAAAUGUUACUUGUUACUGGCCAAGUGAAGGCAAUGACAAAGUAAAAUAAAAUGUUUAAAAAGAAACUGCAGAUGCUGGAAAUCUGAAAUAAAAACAGAAAAUGCAGGAAAUACUCAGUAGGUUGAGCUGCAUCAGUUGAAAGAGAACCAGAGCUAAAGAUUCAGGUCAGCGACCUUUCAUCAAAACUGAGAAGAAAACAAAAGAAUCUUGUUAAGCCAAGUGGAGGGUGGAGGUGAGCAGUUCUGCCCAAAGGGAGAAUAAAGAAUGGUGGAUACACAAUUACCGUUAUGGCCCAUCAACUUUGCCAUGGGUACAAUGGACCUGUCAGACCUCGGCAACCAUUCUCAUCCCUUUGAUGUAAAGCCGUUUGCUUCAGUAGACUUCUCCAGUGCUUCUGCCAUUCAUUAUGAGAAUCAUGCUGCAACCUCUUUAAGAAUUGAUGAAUCUUCUUCAGACUAUAAAUAUGAUGACAAAUUUCUAGACUAUCAAAGCACGAUUAAAGUUGAACCAUCCUUAAAUGAAAUAUCAGGGAAAGGGCCAGCAUUUUCAAAGCUGCCAGAAGAUUCGUCAAGUUCAACCCUGUCGAUUGAGUGCAGAGUAUGUGGUGACAAGGCUUCAGGAUUCCAUUAUGGGGUCCAUGCUUGUGAAGGAUGCAAGGGUUUCUUCCGGCGAACAAUAAGGCUGAAGUUGAUGUAUGAUAAAUGUGACUUAAACUGUAGAAUUCAGAAAAAGAACAGAAAUAAAUGUCAGUACUGCAGAUUCCAGAAGUGCCUCACAGUUGGCAUGUCUCAUAAUGCUAUUAGAUUUGGGAGAAUGCCACAGGCUGAAAAGGAGAAACUCCUGGCUGAAAUCUCCAGUGAUACGGAUCAACUGAACUCCAUGUCUGCCGACCUCCGUGCUCUUGCCAAACAUAUGUUUGAAUCAUACAUGAAGUCUUUUCCUAUAACUAAAGCUAGAUCUCGUGCAAUCAUGGCAGGGAAAACGGGGGACAAAUCGCCUUUUGUUAUUUAUGACAUGAAUUCACUGAAGGCUGGUGAGGAACGCAUCACAUUCAAGCAAACACCCCUGCAAGAGCAGGACACAGAGGUAGAAAUACGAAUUUUUCAACGCUGUCAGUUUCGUUCAGUGGAAGCUGUGAGGGAGAUCACCGAAUUUGCUAAGUCUAUCCCAGGAUUCAUAAAUCUGGACUUAAAUGACCAAGUCACUCUUCUUAAAUACGGAGUCCAUGAGGUCAUAUUCAGUAUGCUGGCUUCUCUGAUGAAUAAGGAUGGCCUAUUAAUUGCUGCCGGCCAGGGUUUCAUGACAAGAGAGUUUUUGAAGAGCCUAAGGAAACCCUUCUGUGACAUCAUGGAGCCUAAGUUUGAAUUUGCUAUGAAGUUCAAUGGUUUGGGCCUCGACGACUCUGACAUUGCAAUAUUUAUUGCUGUUGUCAUACUCAGUGGAGAUCGACCUGGAUUGCUGAAUGUUAAACCAAUAGAAGAUUUGCAAGACAGCAUCUUACAAGCACUUGCCCUUCAGCUUAAGAUAAACCACCCAGAUUCACCUCAGUUAUUUGCAAAAUUGCUUCAGAAAAUGACCGAUCUGCGACAGAUUGUUACUGAGCAUGUUCAGCUUCUGCACACAAUCAGGAAAACAGAGGCAGAAAUGAGUCUUCAUCCACUCCUGCAAGAAAUAUACAAAGACUUGUAUUAGACAUCCUCACCCUCAAUCGUAGACAAAGCAGUUUCUUCUUCACAAUGGCACUGUUUUCUUAUCUGAUCUUAGCAAAUGAACAUUGUGAACAAUGGCCUCAUCAAACAUCCAAACCAUAGUUUGUGGAAUUGCACACAGCUCCAUUAAGCAAAUGGAAGUAAAGUGGAGGAAUAAUUUUCUUCUUGAUUGCUCCUGAAUAAUCAUUCACUGUUCCAAAAAUUGUCUAUGAAAGUCUUUUCAGAAACUGUUAAAUAGUGAGGAAUAAAAAUCAAAGCCUAGGGUAUUCAUAUUUUAAUAUUUUCCAACAAUUUAAACUUUGCAUGCACUCUGGUUUUUCCCUUUAGGACCACACUUAUACUGUCUCAUCAUCAUUUUCAUGAAUAUAAUUGAAGCUUCUAUUGAUACUUUGGUACCAUCAAUAAUUAUUAUUUGAGGUAUUCACUUGCCAAGUAUCAUACUAAAAGAGUUCAAAGUACAUUUAUUAUCAAAGUUUUUUAUACAUUAUACAACCUCGAGAUUUGUCUCCUAACAGCCACAAAACUCUUCUUUAAAAAGAGUCCAAAUGUAUAUGUGUACAACUGGAUUUAAUACAGAACAACUAAAUCAUAACAUUUGAAUGAUUUUGUUUCGUAACAUUAACUACUUAGCUCUAAAUUUCACAUUUUGUCACCCAGAACUAAAUCUUUUGGAUAAUUUAAAAGAUGUGUUGAAAGUUCUUGCUGCCAAAUAAUUUUCCAAAGAAAUAGAAAUACACCAUUGAGAAAGGAGGGUGUUGUAGCUGAAGUUCAUUUCAUUGUUUUAAGUGCAAAGAGAUUUUAACUGAACAAUGUGACAAAGUAAUAGCACAUCGUGUUGUAUAAUCUACAAAACUACAUGGUAGCACUGGAUUCUUUGUGAAGCCAACAGAAAGAAAUGCAACAUUAGUUUAGAGUGAAAUAUCUUUAUUAAAAUAAUUCUGAGUAUAAAUUAAAUUUAUAAAUACUACAAUGAAAGGGUACAGAAGCUUUCCCAAAGAUAUGUACAUUGAUUUGUUAUUUACUUAUAUGCACUAGGUUACAUUAAAAAUUAUAUAAUAAGGCCAAUUAAUUAGUUUAAAGUAUCAAUAUUAAGUAUUGCUGAAGCUUCAUCAUGCAUUUUAAUUAUAUUGUUAGAAAUUUGGUUUAAAAUUAAAUUCUAAUGAUAACAGUUUAUCUCUUUCUUUCCAACCUGCCCCACCUCCUUAAAAUUACUAAAAAAAAGUUUCAGAUUUUAAGUUUGUGAACUUUCACGAUUUUUCAUGUUUAUUUUACCAAAUGUACAGAAUCCUUACGUCGCAUCUUUGCACUUCUGGGAACAUUAGUGUUAAAUCAGUUUUACAACAAGUAUCAUGAACUGGUGGAGAUUUUUUUCUGCAGUGUGAUUGGUCCACCAGAAGGAAUGCCUAUCACUUGGAUGGUAUUGAGGAUUUGCUUUUGUUUUUAAAGAGGGAUUCACAUUUUUAUUCACAUUCCUUUUUGCCAGAUUUCUUUAUGACAGGGAAGCUCCUAUUCGGCUCUUAGAGUCUAUGCCAGUCCUUAGAGCACUCUCAUUCAUCUGCUUCCCUAUCAGAUUUUGUGCAACCUAUUGUGUCUUGUAUGGUCACCCACCUAUACCAGGAAUAAUCUGCAGAUGGUUUCAGUCAUCAAUUAACUUACCAGCACAUUUGGGCUGUGGGACAAAACCGGACGACCAGAUACAGAAAGAACACGCAAACUCCACACAGACAGCUCCCAAGGUGGGCAUCAAACCCCUGUCUCUAGAUCUAUGAGGCAGUAGCACUAGCUAGAUAGCUGCCUCAUCACUUGGUUGUCCCCAUUUCUUUUUUUAAAAGUCUACAAAAUGUCAUUAUUGACUUUGAUCUCCUGUCAACGUCAAAUUUAUAAUGGGCAGGCAAAUCGCUUUAGAUCAGUAGCGUUCCCAAGAAAAACAUACAAAUUAUGCACAGCUUUUAAACAAAAAACACAACCAGAACAGAGGAAAGCAAAGUCCAUUUUAGUGCAAAGUGAUCAUAGUGUUGCUAAACCAUUGUGAUUAGGGUUUUGUCAGUUGGUUCAAGAACAAAAUGUUUAAAGGAAAGCAGCUGUUCUUGAAUCUGGAGGUAUGGGACUUCAGGCUUCUGUACCUCCUGCCCAAUGGUAGCUGCAAAAAUGAUACUAUGGCCUGCGCCGUGCAGAUCUUUGAUGUUUCCUUCUUGAACCAGUGCCCCUUGUAGGUGUGUGAAAGGGGUGUGUCCAUGAUGUUUUGAGCAGAGUCCAUUACUCUCUCCAGCUUCCUGUGUUCCUGCACAUGUGAAUUACCGUACCAAAUCAUGAUGCAUCCAGUCAAGAUACCUCUGUAGAAACUUGUUGGAGUGUCCAGUGAUAAGCUGAACCUUUAUAAGCUCCUUACAUGACUUAAAGCAGACUAAUUCAGGUCCUUCUGUUGGUUUCAGACAAAUAAGGAGUAGGCAGCAGGCAAGAGCCAAUUUAACCCCAUUUUAAAGUAAAUAAGCAAACUUAAUUUGAUGUCUUCAUUCCAUAUUCUGAUGUGUUUGCAUCCAAUGGAAGCAGCUUGUGUGUAUACUUGAGUGCUAUAAUUACAUGCCUGCACAUUGAAGAAACUCUGAUUAUAGAAUAUCAACCUAGAACGUCAGUUCUGAAGUCUACAGUUUUACACACCACAAGAUUAAAUGGUAAUAUGAAAUCAGUCACCGAACUUGACCGGCACUUCCAAAUGGAAUUGCUUAUUUCCCUGUGAUGGCAUUCCCAUACAUAAAGACAGUUGGAUGAUUUGCAGUGAUAACAGUUGCCAUGCAUUGAGUAUUUAAUACUAGUGUAACACAACUGGGAACGAUAUUGGUUAUAAUUGGGUCUUCAUGAUGGGGAAAAAAGUUAAAAUCCUUAGCCUUGGUAACCACAGAAGUUGGCUGGUGGAUUCUACUCCCACAUUCUGGUGAGACAUUUUUUUCUAGGUAUGUUGCACUUUUUGGGAGGUGGGGGGUGGUCUCUUCAGACCUUCCCCAUCAUGAUGUCAGAGAAUCCAUUUUUUAAUUCCUAACACAGUCAAUUCCACCUCAGUAUUUGUAGUGGCAUUCCCAAUGAGAAUCAUCACUUCUUGCCUGACUUCACAGAUUAUAUGAGUAUGUAAACAAGUCACUGCUCCUCUGUGUCCCCAGAAAGGACUGGGUCUGGGCAUCUCCAUACCACCUGUAAAGCACAUGCAAAAUAACAUUUGGUUCACGGACCCCUCAGUUAAAGGUAGGGGUCUAUGGCAUUAAACAAGUUUUGGGAAACUCUGAUUUAGACUAUUGGUUUAACAUUAGGGUUGACAUAAUAUGGACCAAAAUUCAUUAAAGAGAAAUAAUGGCAGUACUAAGAUAUUUAAUAUAAGCACAUAAUGCUGAAUUAAUUAGAUCAUGUGUGUACUUUGCUUAAAUAAUUAAUGAAAGGUGAUGAAACUUUACAAUCAGAAUGACAAAGCUAAAUCAAUAUUAACAAAAGAAUCUGUUCAGCUUUGAGUGGCAGUCUAUAACUUCAGUCUUCCAUCAAUAUUCAAUCAGUUAGUAAGUGUUACUACAUUUUACUUCAUUUAUUGAGAUUCUCUUUAUCUUAAAUCAAUGUUGUCCUUGCCUAAUAAAACGUAGAUUCCCAAUUUCUAGAACAUUGCAUUCUAACCAAAACCACUAUCAUUGUGGCACCCUGCUGGGUAUAAUUUUGGACUAAAUACAGAGCUAUGUAAUAGCAAUGUCAAAAUGGGUUUGAUUAUUUGUGAAGCUCUUUGGAAUGUUUCUAAGACGUUCCAAAUAAAAGUAACACUUUUUAUUGAGAAAGAAGUUGCCCACUUAGGAUUGCUCUAUAUAUGCAUACCUAUCCAGCAAAGGGUUAAGAACAUUACAUUGAUUUCUGCUCGGGUAUGUUUAGGGGAUAUUGUGCAGCCUCUCUAUUUGGAAAUGUGUGGGCCAACAGAAAUUAUUGUUCAAAUCAUCUGGUAGUAAUGUUUGCCAAAUUAUUUGUGAUAUAUUGCACCAGCAGUAAAGAGAAGCCCAUUGUGAAUAUCAGAAUGUCUCCACUGGCUGGGGAGGGAAGGAGGAGCCGUAGUAUUAGUGGUUCCCUUGUAUAAUGUGGAAACUUGGCAAACGACAUUGGACUUCAUCCUGCUGUUGGUGUUGAUGAUUAACUAGUUCUGUUGAAUCAGCAUAUCCCGAGUCAGGUUUAGAUCCCUACUGAUUACAUUGUGCCAAAUUCUCCUCAUAUUUUCUGCCAAACUAUAAACAAAUGCCCUUGUUUUCAUUUUUCCAUUGUGAAUAGUACUAUAAUAUGUUUUCAGAUUUUUUUCCAUCAGGUCAUAUAAUAUAAUCAAAGUACUUGCAUCUUUAAGAUUUAGUCAAGGAGCAGCAAUUUUAGUGGUUUGUUUUAAUGAUAAACUGCCUCUACUAAAAUUUCUGAAAGGCAAAACAAAGGUUGCUUUGCAUAUGUAUGUUCUUUCACGUUCAACAAAAUAAAACUACAGAACUAAAUUAAUGUAUUAGGCAUGAAGUGAUGGGCUCCAACCAAUGAGGAUGAAAACAUCAUUGUGUACAAUCCAUUUCUUUGGAAAUCCACACUAGUACUAUAGGGUGUACAAGUUUUGUACAGCAAUUCAGUUGAUAUGCAAUGAAAAUUAUUAAAGUGAAUAAAUGUAAAGGCAUUGUUGUGUCAAAUCUGUGAUAUUUUGCAAAACAAAAAAUAGAUUAAUAAUAGGUUUACUUAUUGUGAAGCUUUUUAUAAAUAAUGAUAUAAGCCAAUUCAUUUGAUAUGUUAAAUUUAUCUUCUUAAGACAUUACAUAAAACGUGUCUACGUAUAACCUGAGCCUUGUUUUAUAAAGACAGAUAAUCAAUAAAAUAUUAAAUUUUCUGUUCAUUUUUAUUUCUUGAAAAUUAUUAAAAUUUUAAAUAAGUGCUUUUGAAAUUGCACCUGGGUAAUGUUAUGCAAAUUAUUUGUAGAUUUUAUAUAAGUAUAGAGAUGUUUUAACAUGUAUGGAUUGCAGGAAAUAUCAUUCAGGGAUUUUCAGAUUUUUUUAAUUGUCUAGCUUUGCUUUUAGUGGAUCUUAUCGUGUACAGAAGAAUUAUUUGAUAUAAUGUUAAAAUAUACUGAAACAAUGUUGAAUUAGGUGCUGUAUCAAGCAUGUUAUUUUUACCCGUGAAACAAUUGUAACAAAAGAAUGCAAUACCAAUUUGUAACCACAAGAGGUUGCUAUUACAACUGUGACAGACUGAAUUAAGAAUACUCAGUUGCAACUGAACUUCGAGUCGCAAUGGAAUGCACUUAAGAGUUAUCAGAGAGUAAUACUUCGGAGUUUAUAUUGUCAUUUUGGUUAGCAAACGAGAUGAAACUUUUUUUCUUUGAAUAAUGCAAAAGAUGGAGUCGAAUGGACUGUUGGAUGAGAAAGCACAAAUGUGAGAUUUUUUUCACUUGCCAUUCACUAUAGUCAUUAUUACUCAAAGGGAAUAUUUUAGUUAAGCAAACUUAUCUGUAGACUGUAAAAUUGACAGUUCUGUAUUGGGAAAAUAUUUUAAAUAAAUGAACAAGCUAAGCUUUCAAACUGG